AUGAAUACACUCUUACGCUUUGCUCCAUCCCCAACUGGCCCACUACAUCUUGGAGGUCUUCGUACUGCAUUGUUCAACAAGCUAUUUGCUCAAAGUCAUGGAGGAAAAUGGAUUCUGAGGAUAGAAGACACCGACGCGUCUCGCUGUACACCUGGCUCUGUAGACGAUAUACGAAGAGGCCUUGAUUGGGCGGGCCUAGCAUACGACUUUGGUCCUGGGGCCGACAACUCUCGUGGGCCAUAUUUCCAGUCAGAACGCCUCGAUCUCUACCACACGUAUGCCCACAGACUUUUAGAGACUGGGGACGCCUAUCGAUGCUUUUGUUCCGCCGACGAGUUGCAAAUAAAACGGGAACACCUCAAGGCUGCGGGCUCGACUUCAACAUACGACCGCAGCUGCAGAAAGCUCACAGAAGAAGAGGUGACCCGACGCGUCAAAUCCCAGCAACCAUUCGUGAUUCGUCUCGAUGACACUGUCGCACCUGCGUUAUCACCUUUCUCGGAUAUGCUCUUUGGUGACGUGCGCGAUGCACAAGGAUCCCUUCCAACAGACCCAAUACUGGUGAAACGAGAUCUUUUCCCGACUUAUCAUCUCGCGUCUGUGGUAGACGACCAUGAAAUGGGGGUAUCUCAUGUCCUGAGAGGAGAGGAGUGGCUACCAUCUUUGCCUCUACAUCGCUCCUUGUAUGCAAGGCUCAAACUUACGGCGCCAAUCUUUGGUCAUUUGCCUCUACUCUUAAAUCCUGAUGGGUCUAAAAUGUCAAAACGACAUGGCGAUGUUCGGGUCUCAGACUUUAUUAGGAAAGGUUGGGAGCCAGACGCCGUCCUCAACUGGCUCGCUUUCGCUGGACGAAAUUUGAACAAUCCCGAACUUUCGACGCGGCCUGCUUCAGUGAAUGAGCUCAUUUCUUCGUUCUCCUUGGAUCAUUACACAAACCGUCGAACUGUCCUGGACCCGGUCCUCCUGAGCCAACUGAACAAGAGACAUAUCGAAAGGCAACUUCACGACGAGAGUUCACGGAAUAGCCUCCUGGCCAAAGCCCUUGUUCAGCUUCGAGCGGUAUACCCCGACAGCACUAUACUAUCCCAGGAUUAUGUCCUCAAGGUCAUUGAAACCCUCAAGGAUCGACUGGAACGUAUCGGCGAGCUUCCAGAGACCGGAAGAAUUUUUUUUGACGGCUCAUUGGCGACUUCUUUACCCCCGCCCACCGAUAUAGAGCUUUAUAGGAGCGUCGUUCGGGGAUUCAGGAGUUGGGUAGCCGAGACCACUGACCCUAGUGACGUGGAAACGUCAAGAAAAUAUCUCUCUCAAGAGAUUCAUUGUUCCAAGAAGGACUAUAUGGCGAUAUUGAGGCAUGCCCUCGGAGGAAGCAAGCAUGGACCUCCCAUGAAGGAGAUCCUAUCGCUUCUUGGCCCGGAGGAAAUUCUUAGAAGGCUUGACAACCAGCUCCCAUCUCAGUAA